AAGCAGCUGUUUUGGGCUGUUUCUUGAAGAAUCUCCUGUUUAUUGUUUUGAUAUAUUGAGAAGAAACGUAUCUGUCUAAAUACAUAACAGAAAAAGGGUCCACUGGGAAAUCAACGUGGAAAGUUCUAAUUUUAUAACAAACCGAAAUUCAGUCGAGUGUCCCUUUAAACUCACCUAUUUCCGGAGUUGUUGACAUUUUCAGAAAUACGUACUACAAAAAUAUAGUCCUCUCUCCAAAACCCUUGCAUAUUGUUUUUCAAUCUUUGUUGUGGGCGCUGUAGAGAACCUGUUGGUUCUUUUGGUAGCUGCUGUGUGGAUUGGGCAACAAGUGAUGAAAGGUCGUCUUACUUGAUUUAACUUGAUGAACCACUCCGAUUGUCCAAGACAACAGUUCAAGCACACCUGCAGAGUUUGACAUGGGGGACAUUGGUUGACUUGAGACUUGAGUGUCGGACUGCCAUCUGAUAACCAUGGCGUUUCUUGGGAACCUCACCAGUAGAUACCUCCAAAGGGAGGUCAAGGAGCUGUCUACUAUGUCUUUCCAGAGGUGUAUGCAAGUUACACCUGACCUUGUGAGAAGAAUAGGACUGGAAGCCGAAUUGGAGGGCCACAAUGGAUGUGUCAAUUGCUUGGAGUGGAAUGAAAAAGGAACCCUCUUAGCAAGUGGUUCUGAUGAUGUGCAGAUUGUUGUAUGGGAGCCUUUUCUUCACAAGAAGUUAACAACUGUAAGGACUGGACAUCAUGGCAAUAUAUUCUCAAUAAAGUUCCUACCUAAUUCCAAUGAUUCCGUGAUAGUGAGUGGUGCUGCAGACUGUAAGAUCCGUGUUCAUGACCUCAACUCUAAAGAGACCAGCCAUGUGUUCAGCUGUCAUGCUGGUCGUGUCAAGCGACUAGCUAUUGCUCCGAAUGUUCCGUUCAUGUUUUGGAGUGCUGCUGAGGAUGGCACAAUAAUGCAGUUUGACCUGCGUGCUCCCGAAACAUGUGGACCCAACCCUCAGAAUGUCCUUGUGAAUCUAAAUGCUCACAUGGGUGCCCAUGCAGAAGCCAAGUGCCUUGCUAUUAACCCUGUCCGGCCUGAGCAGAUGGCAGUAGGAACUAAUGACCCCUAUGUUAGAAUAUAUGACCGACGGAUGCUAACAUGUAAAAGCAUCAAAUUUCCCUCGGACAGUGGAUCAAGGUUCCCAUGGGAUGAAGCAUCUCACUGUGAUAUGACCGAAAGUGAUGACUUUUCUCUCCCUGAGAAAUCGGUCCAGUAUUAUGUUGCAGGUCAUUUGCCACACAAGCAACAGGACUAUAAGAAGCGUUAUAGAACAUUAGCGUCAACGUACUUGACGUUCAGUCCCGAAGGCAACGAGUUACUGGUCAAUCUAGGAGGAGAGCAAAUAUAUCUAUUUGAUGUCAACAAGAGUAGGAAAGCAAUCAAGUUGAAUCUGCCACUGUCACUUUCCAGUAAUGGUGUCGUCAAAGAAACAUCAUGUCCCAGUAAUGGGUAUAGUAUUCACCACCCUGGCACGACAAACGGUUGUACGCUUGGAUUAUCAAAACACCACGGUCAGUCGUCAUCCACUGAUCAUAUGGAUGAUGGAGGAAGAAAGAAAAAGAGAGUGAAAUAUGAAUCCAAACCAUUACAUCCGACCGUCGAUGCCAUCAAACAGAAAGCAAACAGUGUCUUCGAGAAGCAACAGUAUGCCCAGGCAAUAAUCUUAUAUAACCAAGCAGUCGCAUUGGCUCCAGAUGCGGCUGUACUCUAUGGAAAUCGAGCAGCAGCAUUUAUGAAGAGGGGCUGGGACGGGGAUUUGUAUGCAGCAUUACGUGACUGCCAUGCCGCCAUCCAUGCGGACCAAAACCAUCUCAAAGCCCAUUUCCGACUCGCCCGAUGUUUAUAUGAACUUUCUUGGACCAAAGAGGCAGCUGAUUGUUUGUUGUAUUUCAAAAAUAAAUUCCCGGAUUAUGCGAAGAAUCCUGCAUGUGAGGCAUUGGAUCGUGAUAUCAGUGCGGCCAUACAUUGUAGAACGGAGCAAGACGAGAAAGAUAAGAAGAUCGAAGAGGAAAGAUCUGGCUGGAAAAACAACUGGCGACACAAUGUAUCUGAGCAGGAGAAGACAUGGCGAGCUAAUGCUAUGGACUAUGAAAUGCGAUUCUGUGGACACUGUAAUACGACGACAGACAUCAAGGAGGCAAAUUUCUUUGGAAGCAAAGGCCAAUAUAUUGUCGCUGGUUCGGACGACGGAUCAUUCUUUAUAUGGGAGAAGAAUACGGGAAACAUUGUGCGAGUACUGCGGGGUGAUGAUUCCAUAGUCAACUGCCUACAGCCUCAUCCUACACAGUGUCUCUUAGCAACUAGUGGUAUAGAUCCUGUAGUCAGACUAUGGAGUCCAAGAGCUGAGGAUGGCAGCAAAAAUGAACGAGAAGUUGACAACUCGGAUGACGCUGCAUCUGCCAAUCAAAAGAGGAUGAACGCCGACCCACUGGAGGUGAUGCUGAUGAAUAUGGGAUACAGAAUAUCAGGGGUGUUUGAUGGAGAUGACAACGGGGAUGAUCGAGGAGAGACGCCCCAGUGUCGUCCUAGUUAAUAAGAAUUAUUUGCUGGACUCUAGGGUAGAGGGUUUUAGGGCAUAGCUUUUGUGAUGACUUUGUCUAGGCUGAGAUGAAGAUUUUUUAGUAAGAGCUGCUCUGGUUUCCACAUUGAAUGCGUAAAUAGAGCAAUUUUUUUAUGACUUAUUCUUCGUGGCCCAUUGAUGUGAUUUGAACCAUUAGGAAGAACAAGUUAUAUUUUUUGUGUUCAGCAGCAGAGCAGUCACCUUGAGCUGUUAGAUCAGUUGUACUUGCAAUCACAAUAUAGUUUUCUGAUAUUUUUCAAUGUUUCAAUGACAUUUUGGUUGUCAUUGUAUUUGGAUAUGAAAUUUGUGCCAAAAUAUCUUAUCCAAUUUGUCGAUUAAAAACCUCUGAAGCGAAUGAUAUUGGUAAAUUAUUAAAGAAUCCUUUUGACUUGUGCAUAUUAGCAUUACCUUCAUAUAAUGUUAUAAUUAUUGAUAAUGUUUUUAAAUCAUGAUGAUAAAAUUGUCCCAAUUCAUCUUCAGCAUGUAAUGCAUGCAAGCAACUCAUAAAGUACUGCGGUACUCAAGUCCUUUCUCUUAACUAGUUCUCACCAAAAAAAUGAUUUUAAAAGCUUGUUUUGGGGUAGCUGAAAGCGAGCGUUUUAUAAUGGGGUUAAAGGAGCCUCAUGGCUUAGUGGUUUACACUGCUGGCCACCACGCAAUAGGGCCCGGGUUCGAUCCCGGGGAGAACCCAGGAUCAUAUGUCUGGAUGAACCGGCGUGGCUUUCAAGGAACUGAAAUUCCUGGCUCUUCACAGUCCUUCGAAUGAGACUCAAAACCGAGGUUCCUUGUACUUGGUGUCUAUGCCAGGGCAAGCUAAGACCCCACCAAGUGAGAAAAAUGAAUAGCUUGCGUGGACUCUAUCUCUCUAUAAACCCAAUUGGCGCCUAACCGUAGUGGCACGCAGGAUACGCUCAUCCCGCCUUGGAGGAGGAUUACUCCUAGGAGAAUGACCCCUCCAAGUGCAGAGCGAACGCUGAAGAAGAAGAAGAAUGGGGUGAAUUUGCUUUUGGAAAUGAGUGAAUGAUGGAAAUGUUCUAGUUAGAAAUGGUCACGUAAUUUUGAAGAUAGAUUACAACUUCUUCACUUCAGACUUCACGAAGGAGCGAUGUUAUCCAGACGGAUUGCCCCCACAACAACACCAAUCAGAGUUAUGUAGUUUUGGUCAGAGUGAAUGUUUGUAAAUAUGAUUGAAAACUUUUAGUUCUAUUGGUAUAUAUUUGUUUUAUGUGCUAGCUUCAAGCUGAAUUUGUUUUCUGAUGAAUGUAAAUAACUAUUCAGAUAAUUUGCGAGUGCUUUUGGUUGUAAAAUGAUAAGGAUUUUAAUAUUGUUUUCUACAUAGUGUUAUUUGUAUGCAUUGUGGAAAAUAAUACUGUGGAUUACCAUCGGCUAUCAGUUUAUAAUGAUGGUUGUCAGUUUCCUACCACUUGCGCUGAGUGUCCUUGUACAUAGAUUUCUUGUAUUUACUGUAAAUUGUUGACUUCAGUGUGUAUAUAGAUGUCGACACAUGACAAAGAUUGUUAGAGUUGUUUUCCCAUCACACUUUUUAUCAGUAAUGAUAUAAUAAUUGUAUGAAAUUAACUAUAUAAACCUGCUUAGUAGGCCUUCAUUCCAUACAUGAAUUUGAUAAAUUUGUACCCUUCUAGACUGCAAAGACCCAAAUGCAGGGCGAUACGUUGUCGUUGUAGUGAUCGAUUUAACGGCAGUAGGCCUACUUGAGUUCUUUGUUGAACCACUUCACCAACAAUAAGCCUACUGGUGUCAUUUUACCGUUCAGCUGUACUGUAGUAAACCUGCUGAUGGUGUCAUGGCACCACCUCAUCUGUUUUACAUUCUUGGCGGCAUUCUUUGCUUACUGUAAGCUUGUUGGUGUUCUUGUCAUGGUACCACUUACAGUUAGCUUCUGGUGUCAUGGUACCAAUUUUGCCUGAAGAAAGCCUGCUGGCUCGAAUUAACAAGUACAGAUUAGAUUAGAUUAGAUUCUCUAAUCCAUAUUUGUUAAUAUCAAUAUCAAGCUACAAGUCUUUUUGAAGCUUUGGAAAGUUAUCAAGUUUCUACCUGCCUGCUCUCGUUACAUUUGUAUCAUUUAUAGAUUACUGUAACAGUUGAGUGUCAUUUGGAAUAAAAU